AACGAGAGCCGGGAAGUGGCGCUGCUGCCGCUGCUGCUUUCUCGUCUCUGGCGCCUGACCCAUCCCAGCACCGGUGAUGCCAAGGCCGCUGCGAGGGGCGAGCGAGAGUCGGGGUUGAGCCCCAACUGAGCCGAGGGCUCGCGCUCUUCUGGUCUCCCGGGCCCGCCCCAUUAGAAGAAAUGAGUGGUGGAUUGGCCCCAAGUAAAAGCACAGUGUAUGUAUCCAACUUGCCCUUUUCCUUGACCAACAAUGACUUAUACCGGAUAUUUUCCAAGUAUGGCAAAGUUGUAAAGGUUACCAUUAUGAAAGAUAAAGAUACCAGGAGGAGUAAAGGGGUUGCAUUUAUUUUAUUUUUGGAUAAAGACUCUGCACAAAACUGUACCAGGGCAAUAAACAACAAACAGUUAUUUGGUAGAGUGAUAAAAGCAAGCAUUGCUAUUGACAAUGGAAGAGCAGCUGAGUUUAUCCGAAGACGAAACUACUUUGAUAAAUCUAAGUGUUAUGAAUGUGGGGAAAGUGGACACUUAAGUUAUGCCUGUCCUAAAAAUAUGCUUGGAGAACGUGAACCUCCAAAGAAGAAGGAGAAAAAGAAAAAAAAGAAAAUUCCUGAACCAGAAGAAGAAAUUGAAGGAGUAGAAGAGAGUGAAGAUGAAGGGGAAGACCCAGCUCUUGACAGCCUCAGCCAGGCCAUAGCUUUCCAGCAAGCCAAAAUUGAAGAAGAACAAAAAAAAUGGAAACCCAGUUCAGGGGGUCCCUCAACAUCAGAUGAUUCAAGACGCCCAAGGAUAAAGAAAAGCGCAUAUUUCAGUGAUGAGGAAGAACUGAGUGAUUAAAAUUAUAUUUAUUAUAUAAAUAUCAUUAAAAAAAUUUUUUUCAA